AUGUUAGAAAUCGAUGGCAGCACUCUUGAGGGCGGCGGACAAGUGGUACGAAUAUCGAUGAGUUUGAGCGCAUUGUUGUCACAACAGAUCCAUAUCUCAAACAUCCGAAGCGGACGAUCAAAGCCGGGACUAAAGGCUCAGCAUUUGGUUGGUCUGCAUCUGAUUCGGGAC